GGGAGUCAUAGAAGCAACCCUCGAGCUGUGUCUUGGAGUACGUCCUCCUAGGUUUGGGAAUCUCCAAUUAGUUCCAACUCAAGUGCUGACUCCGUGUGUGUGUGUGUGUGUGUGUGUGUGUGUGUGUGUUUAGUUAGCUGGCAUGCAACACACUUCCCCAGGGUUGUUUCCUUUUUCCUGAGAUUUGGCGAAGGGUAAAGGGUCGGAGUCACAUGGAUACAAAGCAUUUGAUUAAUGUCCAAGUCACCGCUGUGGCUGUCGGAGCUGCCUCCCCCCCAGCCCAGGCCGCGUGAGGCCGCAGCCGCGGGGCUCGGCGUGCAGGUCCCGGGCCGGGGCCACCUCUCCCGGGAGUUGUCUGCCCAGAGCCUCGCGCCUCCCCCGCCGGAGUUCCAGCGAGCGCCCUCUCGUCUCCCACCAACCCAGCCUCUCCCCAGCAUGUAAAGUCGCCCGUACCUCCUCGGGCUUCUCGGAGGCAGCAACUUUCCCCUCUGGCCGGCGCGGGGCCGGGCACCGGUUGGCGCGCGGGAUAGCGCGCAGCACAGCAGCCCUGCGUCCCGCCGCCCACCAUGACGGACGAGAGCCGCGGGGACUGCCGAGCCGAGAGCGCCAAGGACCUGGAGAAACAGCUUCGCCUGCGCGUGUGCGUGCUCAGCGAGCUCCAGAAGACCGAGCGGGACUAUGUGGGCACGCUGGAGUUCCUGGUGUCGGCAUUCUUACACCGAAUGAACCAGUGUGCUGCAUCAAAAAUUGAUAAAAAUGUAACAGAAGAAACAGUGAAGAUGCUGUUCUCAAACAUUGAAGAUAUCCUUGCUGUACAUAAGGAAUUUUUAAAAGUCGUGGAAGAAUGCCUGCAUCCAGAACCUAACGCUCAACAAGAAGUGGGAACCUGCUUUCUUCACUUUAAAGACAAGUUUCGUAUCUAUGAUGAAUAUUGUAGCAACCAUGAGAAGGCACAGAAAUUGCUUCUCGAACUUAACAAAAUAAGAACAAUCCGCACAUUUCUUUUGAACUGCAUGCUACUUGGAGGACGGAAGAAUACAGAUGUUCCCCUGGAAGGAUAUUUAGUAACACCAAUACAAAGAAUUUGCAAAUACCCUCUCCUUUUGAAGGAGUUGCUGAAGCGGACUCCAAGGAAACACAGUGACUACGCAGCAGUAAUGGAAGCCCUCCAAGCCAUGAAAGCUGUCUGUUCCAACAUAAACGAGGCCAAGAGGCAGAUGGAGAAGUUAGAAGUUUUAGAGGAAUGGCAGUCUCACAUUGAAGGCUGGGAGGGAUCCAGUAUCACCGACACCUGCACUGAGAUGCUAAUGUGUGGCGUCUUGCUGAAAAUUUCUUCUGGAAAUAUUCAAGAACGGGUGUUUUUUCUUUUUGAUAAUCUUCUGGUGUAUUGCAAAAGGAAACACAGACGGUUGAAGAAUAGCAAGGCAUCUACAGAUGGACAUCGGUACGUUUUUCGUGGCCGGAUCAAUACGGAGGUGAUGGAAGUGGAGAAUGUGGAUGAUGGCACAGCUGACUUCCAUAGCAGUGGACACAUUGUUGUCAAUGGAUGGAAGAUACAUAACACAGCAAAAAAUAAAUGGUUUGUGUGUAUGGCAAAAACACCUGAGGAGAAACAUGAAUGGUUUGAAGCUAUUCUGAAAGAAAGAGAACGGCGAAAAGGUUUAAAAUUAGGAAUGGAACAAGACACCUGGGUAAUGAUCUCCGAACAGGGCGAGAAACUCUACAAAAUGAUGUGCAAACAAGGGAAUCUGAUCAAAGACAGAAAAAGAAAACUGACCACAUUCCCUAAAUGCUUCCUUGGAAGUGAAUUUGUGUCAUGGCUCUUGGAAAUUGGAGAGAUUCACAGGCCUGAGGAAGGUGUACACUUAGGACAAGCGUUAUUAGAAAAUGGAAUCAUCCACCAUGUUACUGAUAAACAUCAAUUCAAGCCAGAGCAGAUGUUAUAUAGAUUCCGCUAUGAUGAUGGAACAUUUUAUCCAAGAAAUGAAAUGCAGGACGUGAUUUCGAAGGGAGUGAGAUUAUAUUGCCGUCUUCAUAGUCUGUUUACUCCAGUGAUAAGAGAUAAAGAUUACCAUCUACGAACCUACAAGUCUGUAGUCAUGGCCAACAAGCUGAUAGACUGGUUAAUUGCACAGGGGGAUUGUCGCACCAGAGAAGAGGCAAUGAUAUUUGGUGUCGGACUCUGUGACAAUGGAUUCAUGCACCAUGUCCUUGAAAAAAGUGAAUUCAAAGAUGAACCCCUGCUUUUCCGCUUUUUUGCGGAUGAGGAAAUGGAAGGAUCAAAUAUGAAGCAUCGACUUAUGAAACAUGAUUUAAAAGUUGUGGAAAAUGUUAUAGCCAAAUCACUAUUGAUUAAAUCCAAUGAAGGCAGCUAUGGUUUUGGGUUAGAAGACAAAAAUAAAGUUCCAAUAAUAAAGUUGGUAGAAAAGGGGUCUAAUGCUGAGAUGGCUGGCAUGGAAGUUGGGAAAAAGAUUUUUGCUAUUAAUGGUGACCUAGUUUUUAUGAGACCUUUCAAUGAAGUGGAUUGCUUCCUGAAAUCAUGCUUAAACAGCAGAAAGCCUCUAAGAGUUCUUGUGAGCACAAAGCCAAGGGAGACAGUGAAAAUCCCAGAUUCAGCUGAGGGACUUGGAUUCCAGAUACGAGGAUAUGGCCCAUCGGUUGUCCACGCAGUAGGAAGAGGAACUGUCGCUGCAGCAGCUGGUCUUCACCCUGGACAGUGUAUUAUCAAAGUAAAUGGAAUCAAUGUCAGCAAAGAGACCCAUGCCAGUGUUAUUGCACAUGUUACAGCCUGCAGGAAAUACAGAAGACCAAUGAAGCAAGAUUCCAUACAAUGGGUGUAUAAUAGCAUUGAGAGCGCUCAAGAAGACCUUCAAAAGUCUAACUCCAAACCUCCUGGAGAUGAAGUAGGGGAUGCUUUUGACUGCAAAGUAGAAGAGGUAAUUGACAAGUUUAACACCAUGGCCAUCAUCGAUGGGAAGAAGGAGCAUGUGAGUCUGACAGUGGAUAAUGUGCACCUGGAAUAUGGGGUCGUGUAUGAGUACGACAGCACAGCUGGGAUAAAGUGCAACGUGGUAGAGAAGAUGAUUGAGCCCAAAGGUUUCUUCAGCCUCACCGCCAAGAUUCUUGAAGCCCUGGCUAAAAGUGAUGAUCAUUUUGUACAAAACUGUACCAGCCUUAACUCUCUAAAUGAAGUGAUUCCUACUGACCUUCAGAGUAAAUUCAGUGCGAUUUGUAGUGAAAAAAUAGAGCACAUAUGUCAGAGAAUAUCCAGUUAUAAAAAGUUUUCACGCGUACUGAAGAAUAGAGCCUGGCCCACCUUCAAACAGGCCAAAUCUAAAAUCUCCCCAUUACACAGCAGCGAUUUCUGCCCCACCAACUGCCAUGUCAACAUAAUGGAAGUUUCCUAUCCCAAAACAUCAACCUCCCUUGGGAGUGCAUUUGGUGUUCAGCUGGAUAGCAGGAAACAUAAUUCUCAUGAUAAGGAAAAUAAAUCUGAGCAAGGGAAACUGAGCCCUAUGGUGUACAUUCAGCACACAAUCACGACCAUGGCGGCCCCUUCAGGUUUGUCUCUGGGACAGCAGGAUGGGCGAGGGCUCCGGUACUUGUUAAAAGAAGAAGACCUGGAAACUCAAGAUAUUUAUCAGAAACUGUUGGGCAAACUUCAGACUGCGCUGAAGGAGGUGGAGAUGUGUGUUUGUCAAAUUGAUGACCUUCUGUCUUCCAUAACAUAUUCUCCUAAAUUAGAACGUAAGACACCAGAGUGCGUAGUACCACCAGAGAGUGACAACGAGAAGGGAGAGAGAAAUAGCAAACGGGUCUGUUUUAAUAUGGCGGGAGACGAGCAGGAAGACUCGGGUCAUGACACCAUCAGCAACAGAGAUUCUUACAGUGACUGCAACAGCAACAGGAAUUCCAUUGCCUCCUUCACCAGCAUCUGCAGCAGCCAGUGCAGCUCCUACUUCCACAGCGAUGAAAUGGACUCAGGUGAUGAACUUCCCCUCAGUGUUCGCAUUUCUCAUGAUAAGCAGGACAAGAUACAUAGCUGUCUUGAGCAUCUUUUCAGCCAGGUGGAUUCAAUUACCAAUCUCCUAAAAGGGCAAGCUGUUAUAAGGGCCUUUGAGCAAACCAAGUACCUCACGCCAGGUCAAGGAUUACAAGAAUUUCAGCAGGAAAUGGAACCAAAGUUGAGUUGUCCAAAAAGGUUAAGACUUCACAUCAAGCAAGACCCUUGGAAUCUUCCCAGCAGUGUCCGGAAUCUUGCUCAGAACAUCAGAAAAUUUGUUGAAGAGGUCAAGUGUAGGAUACUCCUGGCUCUUCUUGAAUAUUCAGACAGUGAGACACAGCUCCGAAGAGACAUGGUUUUCUGCCAGAGUCUUGUGGCCACCGUGUGUGCCUUCUCUGAACAACUUAUGGCAGCAUUAAACCAGAUGUUUGACAACAGCAAAGACAAUGAGAUGGACACGGGGGAAGCCAGCAGAAGGUGGCUGGACCAGAUAGCAAAUGCAGGUGUUCUAUUUCACUUUCAGUCACUCCUGUCGCCAAACCUGACAGAUGAACAAGCCAUGCUAGAAGAUACACUGGUUGCGCUAUUUGAUUUGGAAAAAGUUUCUUUUUACUUUAAACCAUCAGAAGAGGAACCACUGGUUGCAAAUAUUCCUCUUACGUAUCAAGUAGAGGGAAGCCGGCAGGCUCUGAAGGUUUACUUCUACAUUGAUAGUUACCAUUUUGAACAACUGCCUCAACGUUUGAAAAAUGGAGGAGGGUUUAAAAUUCACCCCGUUCUUUUUGCACAAGCACUGGAAAGCAUGGAAGGAUAUUAUUAUAGAGACAAUGUUUCAGUGGAAGAAUUUCAAGCCCAGAUAAAUGCAGCCUCAUUGGAAAAAGUCAAACAAUACAACCAAAAGCUCAGGGCCUUCUACUUGGACAAGUCAAACUCACCACCCAACUCCACAUCCAAGGCUGCCUAUGUAGAUAAGCUAAUGAGGCCUCUCAAUGCUCUGGAUGAACUUUAUCGGCUGGUAGCCUCGUUUAUCAGAUCCAAGCGUACCGCGGCCUGCGCAAACACAGCCUGCAGCGCGUCGGGGGUGGGGCUGCUGUCUGUGUCCUCGGAGCUGUGCUCCCGGCUGGGGGCCUGCCACAUCAUCAUGUGUAACAGCGGCGUGCACAGGUGCACUCUGAGCGUGACCCUGGAGCAGGCCAUCAUUCUGGCUCGAAGCCACGGGCUGCCUCCCCGCUACAUCAUGCAGGCCACUGACGUGAUGCGGAAGCAGGGAGCAAGAGUUCAGAACACAGCAAAGAAUUUGGGAAUCAGAGACCGAACCCCACAGUCUGCUCCAAGGCUCUACAAGCUAUGCGAGCCGCCUCCCCCCAUGGGUGAAGAAUGAAGAGAAUCUCCAAGGAACCAGACAAGCAGAAGCUUCUGCUAACCAGACAGAGGACAUGCUGGCUACAUAUUCUCCAUUCAAGAUAAAGAAACAGCUUUUUUUUUUUUUUUUCUCUAAAUCCUUCACCAUGGAGUAACUAACCAGUGUUCGACUUGUACUUGGAUAUUUGUGCUGGCCACAGAUCGGAGGUCAUUUGGACAAUUUGAAGCUUCACCAACUCAUCUCUGUAUGUUUUGACACUCGCUGUUCAUUUUUAGGGUAAAAUUCAUCCCUCGAAUUUAUAAAAAAAAAAAAAAUCAGAGUUGAACAAUGAACCAUUGUGCCUCCUUUCCCAUUUAUUAAAAUUAUUUGAUUGUGUUUAUUUCCAUCUUCUCUAAAUGGGAUCGUGUAAUCAUGGACAUUUCCACUUAAAGAAGCCUUUCACUGAAGAAACAUGGACACGCUUUCCGAAUCCUUAUACAGAAAUGUUACAGAAAGUGGAGGCUGGGUGCUGUCAUAGGGAUUCAGUCCCUCACCUGCGUCACAGAAAGUAGUUCAUGUGUGUGAGGUGAAGAGCAUGUUCUACUCUUUCUCCUAAGGGUUUAUUUCUCAGUAAAAGAGAGAAGAGCAGAUGGAAGCUUUACCAAGACUUUCUUCCAGCCCCUUCUAGGUAUGCUUUGUGCUUGUGGAUUUUUCCAGUAGUCUGGUGCUCUCCCUGGUCUCUGUAAUGGCAUGACUUCCUUGUGCACUGGGGCUGUGCCCCCAAUGGCCACGGAUGGGGAGCAGUGGGGACCAGACAAGUUUAGAAGGGUAUAGGAGGGGUAAGUAGGGUAAAGGAGGAAACUUAAGCCCAUUUAAAAAUUCAACCUUUAUUUUAGAAAGAUACCUAAAAUUUCUCACUUUUAGGAAGGCUUUAAUAUGAGAUCUGAGACUCGUAAUAGAAUAUACUAUGCUGAGAAUUCCUCUAUCAAGGUAUGUGUAUAACAUAUGAAAAUAAAGCUUUAUUUGUUGAACUUAUCAAGGACUAUUAGAGACCUUGAUAACAUGUGGAAGCACAAGGUGUGUUCUAUUUUCAUUCUAAAGUAUGUGUAAUGAUUAUCAUCUCUAUGUUGAUAAAAUAACAUUGUUUUUUAGCAUAAGGAAUAUGGUCAUAUUGGUUUUGAAUCUAUAAUUUUCAAAGCAAUUAAAAUGCCCUUACUGUGAUUGUGAUAAUUAUAUGGAUUUAAACUAAUUUAGUAUGUGAAAUGCUUUUAAUAACUAAAGUAUAUACAGACUAUUAUUGAAUUUUAAUUUAUGAAAUUUGAUAAUGGUUUCAAAUGAUCAUUAAAAACUUCACUGCUAGCAGUUGUGUAUUGAAUAACAAAACUCCUGUGUUACAUGUUUAUGAGGUAUUCAUAUACUGGUCAAGCUGAUAAAAAUUGUCCUUUGUCACAGAAGCACUUAAGAUUUUUGCCUUAAGUCCAUAUAUAUAAUGAGAAGUAAAGAAACAAACUCCAAAGUUUCCAAAGAAAAAGUUGAACAUUAUGCAUUUAAUGGAAAUAGGACCUUAACACAAAUAUCUAGAUUAAGUACAUCUUAACUUCUAGGGAUUUAACAUUCUGGAUAUUAGUAACAACUGAUCCCAAAGGCCCAUGAUAUUAGUAUCUUGUGAUUUUCCCAUAUUGAAAAAUUGAUGACAUUCAAUGCAGGCUAAGGAGGGAGCAAAACCGAUCAACUAUCAACUGUUGUUCAUAAUGUCAUUACUGUUUUCUAAUCACCAUCGUGGAAGCCUUAUUUCUCAGUAGAACGAUGAAGAGGUCACUUAAACACUUUGGCCAUACUUUGCUGUUUCAUGGGAUAAAUUAUCUGCUAUUAUGUUAUAUAUAAAUUAGCAUAUCUUUAAAAAUCUAAUCUUUGUAUAAUAAGAUGUGGUUAAUAUUUUAAGGGUGCAAUGUACCAUCUAUCAGAGUGCUUGGUACUUACUAAAUGCUCGAAAGUUAGUAGUCAUUUAUAUUAUCAUCAGUCACUGUUAUUUUUUUCUUAUUAUAAUAAAAAUUAUAGCUAACAUUCAAGCAAUUAUUAUGUGCCAGGCAAUACCUCCACGUGCUUUACCCCAUCUUGUUCUUGCUUCACUAACUGUCACAACGACGACAUCACCCCAUUUCACAGUUGAGGAACUAAAGCAAAGAAGAGCCCAGUGACUCUCCCAAGUCAGUCACGUGAUUGAUAAGUGGUAGAAGCAGGAUUUAAACCCAGCAAGACUGCCUCCUUCAUACAUUAAGCUCCUCCUUACUAAUAGAAGAAUAGUACUAAUUAGUUGUUAAUAAAGCUGGAGUUAGGUGACACAUGUUGCCAUUAAGUUACGCACUUUAUAUUGAGGGAAAAAUGGAUGGAAACAUGAAAGCGGUUUUUAGUAUGUGAAAAUCAUAGGAUUUCUUAGACAUUUACCACUUUGGAUACAUGUUUUGAGGCAAUUGCUAUGCUGUUGCAGUCUGAAAAAAUAGAUUCCUCAUCACUGAAGAUAACAGUUUUAGAUAUGUUUUGAAAUUUG